AUGGAGGCAGGUGCUCAGGCGUAUUUGGAGCAACUCAUCAUCCCCCUGCAAGCCGCAGGUCGCACGGAAACGGCAGAUGCUUUGAGACGAGCCAAGGACGAGUUUGCACGCUCACUGUGGUGUGAGAUGACAGACGAUUUGUUGCUGGCCGUACGUGAUCCCAUGGUGCUGGAGUUUGGCUACGAACUACACGAAAAGGUCUUGAAGGUGACGCGAAUGGACAUGUCCCCCAUGGCCUACGUUAAACUGUUGCACUACAUCUGCUUCAGCCCAAAUAGCACGCUCCCAAAGGCACUGGAGCUUCUCGAUGGUGCUAUUGCCUCGCUUGCCUCAAGUUCAGAGCAAGGCGUGAAUGUAGCCAAUUGCAUUCGAGCCCUACUACUGCUGGAUAGAUACAAUGGUGACUCGUCUUCGCCUGUGGGAACAGCCGCUUCAGAGGCGCGCAGUAUCCUUGACAGAGUGGAGAGUUUCAUUCACUCCAAGCAGAUGCACGAGGUGGAGCCUGUGCUGGCCGCACUGCAUUGCCAGGCCCGUGGGAAAGAUUACGAGAUACGCCAACAGUACACCAAGUAUUACUCGAACGCCUUUGAGACCAUCAAGAGUGCGGAGCGUGCAGAGAUGCCAAUCAUUGAAAGUGACCUCUUGUCUCUUGCCUACAAGACUGCUCUUUCGGCGUUACUUUCGGAGGAAAUUCAUAACUUUGGUAAGUUUCUUAAUGACCGCCGAUUCACGGAGCGCCUCGCGGCCUCAGCGGAGCACGUGUGGGUCCUCGAGUGGCUGCGUCUCUGUAAUGAUGGCACUGUGGAGGAGUUUGAACAGUAUGCCGCCGCCCACCAGGCGGAAAUUGCGGCGAAUUCGACGCUUUCCAUUGCCUUUCCGUCUAUCACGAGGAAGGUGCGACUGAUGGCGCUUCUUCACCUUGUCUUUUACACCCCGUUUAACGAGCGCACCUUCACCUUUGAUGUGAUUGCACGGCGCUGCGCCGUUAGCGAGGAACGGGUGGAACCACUGCUUUUAGCGGCGCUGGCGCAGGGCAUUAUUAAAGGGAAAAUCGACGGCCUCACGCAGGAGGUGCACAUUACAUGGGUGGAGCCACGUGUGCUCAGCCUGCAGGAGGUGAAGGGGCUUGCCGUGCACGUAUCGCGCUGGAAGGAGAAAACGAUGGGACUCAUGCGGUGCAUGACGGAGGCGGCGCUGGAGAUACCGAAGUGA